AUGUGGGACGGCUCAGGGGGCCAUGCAGCCUCAUACGGAAGUGGUAUAGAUAGCACCAAGACAACUUUAUGGAUGGGAGAUUUGGAGUCUUGGAUGGACGAAGCUUGGGUUAGGCAAUUAUGGUAUAGCAUGGGUGAAAAUGUGUCCGUCAAAAUGAUUCGAGACAAGUUCUCUGGAGGUAGUGCUGGCUACUGUUUUGUUGAUUUUGGCAAUCCUCAAUCAGCCAUGAAGCACCUACAAUCUCUGAAUGGAACCAUGAUACCACAAACCAACCGUGUAUUCAAACUGAAUUGGGCAAGUGGUGGUGGAAUGGCUACUCAACCUACCAACAUGAAUCGAGAAGAGCGAGGUCCAGAGUUUUCUAUAUUUGUCGGUGAUUUAGGUCCAGAAGUUACAGAUUUCAUGCUGCUGCAAACCUUCCAAUCACGAUACAUGUCUUGUAAAUCAGCCAAAGUCGUUACAGAUCCCAUGACGGGUCAAUCUAGAGGUUAUGGAUUUGUACGAUUCACUGAUGAAGCUGAAUCUACUCGUUCAAUGUCUGAAAUGUCGGGUCAAUACUGUGGGUCCAGGCCAAUGAGGAUUUCUAUUGCUACUCCCAAAGCUGGUGGUCAAGGAGGUGGCGCUGGAGGUCAAGGUGGUGGAGGAGGUGGUGGUCGUGGCGAUCGAAUGGGUGGUAUGGGAGGAAUGGGAGGUGCUGGAGGUAUGGCUUAUGGUGCUCCUAUGGGUGGUCAACAGGCCAUGCAGGGUGGGUAUAAUCAGUAUACAGACCCGAAUAACACCACUGUCUUUGUUGGUGGAUUGUCGCAGGGCAUCACUGAAGAUGAUUUGAGAACGUAUUUCGGACCAUUUGGAGAAAUCACCUACACAAAGAUCCCACCUGGCAAAGGAUGUGGUUUUGUACAGUUUACUCAUCGUACCAGUGCUGAAGCUGCUAUCGCUCAAAUGAAUGGCUAUGUCAUUGGAUCCUCUCGAGUCCGUCUAUCGUGGGGUCGAUCCCAAAUAGUUGAUAAGCCAGUAGGUGGUGGAGGCAUGCAUGGUGGACAACAACAGCAGCAGCAACCGCCAUGGGGUGGAGGUGGAUAUGCUCGACCUCCCGCUCAAGGUGGCUACAUGCAACAAGUUCCGUAUGGUGCUGCUUAUGGUCAGGGUGCCAUGCAAUACAUGGGUCAACAAGGUGGCAUACCUGCACCAUCUCCUUCAGCUGGAGUCGCUCCCAUUGGCGCUAUAGGCGGAAUGGGAGGUGCACCACGAUACGAUGGUAGUCCAGCUCCUCAGUUAACUGCGUAUCCUCAAUCACAUGUAGUAGAAGACCCAUUAGCUCCCAUGGAUGUGAAUCAAGCCAAUGAAUCGUUUAUUAAUGCUGAAGAAGCUGUGUUGGAACGUACGGAACUUGGGGAUGGCAAUGGAAGUAGUAGUUGGAGAGGUGGUAGCAGCCACGUCUUUGCUCAGUAA